UUUACAACACCGCAGUUCCAAGUCCACCGCCACCAAGGCACACCAAUUCCAUCAUCCUCCGCCGUCUCGCGUUCCUCCACCGUCAUGCCUUCCGAGGCCGUUUGUUUCCUCCUCCUCAUAUUACUCUCCCUCCUCACCCCGCCCUCCCAUGGCCGGAGCAUCCCUCGCCGGAGCAUCCCUCGUCGCCACUGGAUCCCCUCCACUAACGAUUCCCCUGUCUACCUCUGGCCCCUUCCCAAGCAAUUCAGUCACGGCGAUGGUAUCCUCUACGUGGAUCCUGACCUAUCGCUCGACCUCCAGGUACCCGGAGACUACUUAGAAAUCGUAACUGAUGCGUUCGAGAGGUAUAAAGAUCUGAUUUUUACGCACUGGGAGAGGUCCGCUCGCCGGAGCUCCGCAGAGUACGAUGUCGCGAAGAUGACGGUGAUCGUUUCUUCAACUAAUGAUACGCUUCAAUUUGGUGUCGAUGAGAGCUAUAUGCUAUACGUGGGUAGAGGAGAUGAGCUUUCAGUUGUUAAAGGAGCUACGAUCGAGGCUAAUACUAUUUACGGGGCUCUGCGAGGCUUAGAGACUUUCAGUCAAUUAUGCAUACCCAACUACGAAAAUAAAAGUGUUGAAAUUCAGAAAGCGCCAUGGUCCAUCAAAGACGAACCUCGAUUUAACUUCCGAGGGCUUCUAAUCGACACCUCACGGCAUUACUUACCUGUGAAUGUGAUUAAGCAAGUGAUUGAUGCUAUGUCCUAUGCUAAACUUAAUGUUCUUCAUUGGCACAUUUUAGAUGAAGAAUCAUUCCCUUUAGAGGUACCUUCAUAUCCAAAUUUGUGGAAAGGUUCUUACUCAAAGUUGGAGCGAUACACAAUUGAAGAUGCUUAUGAAGUUGUUGACUUUGCAAAGAAAAGAGGAAUCCACAUUAUGGCUGAAGUUGAUGUCCCUGGGCACGCUGAAUCCUGGGGUUCUGGUUAUCCUGAUCUAUGGCCUUCUGCUAAUUGUACAGAGCCCCUGGAUGUGAGCAAAAAUUUUACUUUUGAAGUAAUUUCUGGAAUUUUGUCUGAUAUGAGAAAGAUCUUUCCAUUUGAACUUUUUCACUUGGGGGGAGAUGAAGUCCAUACUGAUUGUUGGUCUUCGACUCCUCAUGUCAAGCAAUGGCUUCAGGAGCGAAACAUGACUAAUAAGGAAGCAUACCAAUAUUUUGUAUUGAGGGCUCAGAAGAUAGCUGCAGAUCUUGGUUGGAUUCCUGUUAACUGGGAAGAGACAUUCAAUACAUUCAACAAAAGCCUCAAUCCACAGACUGUUGUACAUAAUUGGUGGGGUCCUGGAGUCUGUCCAGAAGUGGUUGAGAAGGGUUUUAGAUGUAUUGUAAGCAACCAAGGUGUCUGGUAUCUUGAUCAUCUUGAUAUCCCAUGGGAGGACUUCUACACCAAUGAGCCAUUAGAAGGGAUAAACAAUACGGCACAACAGAAUCUUGUGCUUGGUGGUGAAGUUUGCAUGUGGGGAGAGAUGGCUGAUACAUCUGUUGUUCAGCAAACAAUCUGGCCUCGUGCUGCUGCAGCUGCAGAGCGCUUGUGGAGCCCCUUGGAGUCAACCUCCACCGGUAACCUCAACACCACCGUGUUGCCGCGCUUACAUUACUUCAGAUGUUUGUUGAACCGCCGAGGAAUAGCUGCUGCUCCAGUGACCAACAAGUAUGCUCGAAGCCCCCCUUAUGGUCCUGAUUCCUGCUAUGUUCAAUAAUUAUCAAUCUACAUACAUAUGUCUGUUCACUCGUAAAUAUUGCCAGCUCUGUUGUUUAUGUGGCUUUUACUUUUCUUUUUUGUGUUUUUUCUUAUUAUGCAAGUUGAUUGGAAUGCGCAAUAAAAGUGUUUGAUCUUCUACGCUGUUCAAUUUGAUUCAUAACGGAAUAAGUCAUUUGUCUUCUUGGACCUUUAGCUUU